AUGCCUGAAGCUUGCGAUGGGUUGAAUUCCGGUCAAAGUUUACUAGAAGAUAAGAUGGUUAGAGAAGAAGCUCCAAGUUCAGAAUCCCAUGGGAAGCAAGGCGGCUGGGUCACCUUCCCCUUCAUCAUAGGAUGUAUCGGUUGUUUGACGCUGGCCAACGGGGGAUGGCUUUCCAAUUUGAUGGUGUAUUUGAUUCAACAGUACAACAUCAACACCAUCAAUGCUGCUUUAAUCUUAAACGUCCUUAGCGGCUGCCUCAGUGUAUUUCCCGUCGUCGGCGCUCUUAUUGCUGACUCUUUCCUCGGCUCUUUCUCUGUCAUCGUAAUUUCCUCUUGCAUUUCUCUCCUGGGCAUAAUUUCACUAACAUUAACAGCAACAAUCAACCCUUUGAGGCCCCAAGGUGAUGAUCAUUCCCCUUCAAAACUCCAAUACACAAUCCUGUAUUUGGGCAUCGUCCUUGCAUCCAUUGGAGUCGGCGGCUCGCGCUUUACGUUGGACAUCGUAAAAGAUCAAAACGUCUUCUUCACCCUCUACGCUGCAUUUUUGGCCAGCUCCACGGCCAUCGUGUAUAUUGAGGACAAUGUGAGUUGGGGGUGGGGCUUUGGCAUCAGCCUUGCAGCAAACGUCGUCGGGCUUGCCAUUUUCUUGCUUGGAAAUCGCUUUUAUUGUAGCCAUAUGCCCCGUGGAAGCCCGUUCACGACGCUCGCUCAAGUUCUCGUCGCUGCUGCUCGGAAAAAGUUGUCCCGGCUGCCGGGGAGUGAUGAUUACUAUUAUGGUGAGGAGCAUGUUGGGAAGGUGAUGGAUGGAGUGCUAACAAAGAGUUUUAGCUGUUUGAAUAAGGCGACUCUAGUAACAGAAGGAGACGUCAAUUCGGAUGGCUCCAUUGCCAAACCAUGGAAUCUGUGUAAAGUAGAAGAAGUAGAAGAUUUCAAGACUCUACUUAGAAUUCUCCCUCUCUGGUCAACCAGCAUAUUCCUCUCAGUCCCCAUAGCAAUCCAAGCAAGCUUAACCAUCCUCCAAGCCGUAACCAUGGACCGUCACAUUGGUCCGAACUUCAAAAUCCCCGCAAGCUCCUUCCUCGUCAUUGUGUUCAUCUCCACAACCGUCUUUCUAAUCCUAAUCGACCGAUUUAUUUUCCCACUCUGGGAGAAGUUUCUCGGAUGGUCGCCGAGACCCCUCCAGCGAGUCGGCAUCGGCCAUGUUUUGAACGUUCUUGGGAUGGUUGUGUCAGCAGUGGUAGAAUCAAAAAGGCUGAAGAUUGCCAAUGCCCACCACCUUGAAGGCCAGCCUGAGGCAAUAGUUCCAAUGUUGUCUAUAUGGCUUUUCCCACAGCUGGUUUUGGUUGGGAUUGGAGAAGUUUUUCAUUUCCCUGGACAAGUUGGAUUAUAUUAUCAGGAAUUCCCGACCUCAUUGCGCAGCACGGCAACGGCGAUGAUCUCGAUGGUGAUUGCUGUUUCGUACUAUCUAAGCCCGGCUUUGAUUGAUUUGCUUCGAAGGGUUACGAAAUGGUUGCCUGAUGAUAUCAACCAAGGGAGACUUGAUAAUGUUUAUUGGAUGAUAUCUGUAAUUGGUGCGAUUAAUUUUGGCUAUUAUUUAGUCUGUGCUAAGUGUUACAGGUAUCAAAAUGUUGAACAUCGUGUGAAGGGUGGUUCUACACUUGAAAAUUGAGAGCUUUAAGUUUUAAAGUUAACUUUCUUAAGAAAAGAAUAAAAGCUUAUGAAUAUAUUUAUUUCGUGC